AUGGGUCGAGGAGGCGGUGGUGCUCGUAAUUCGUCAACACGUAGAGGUCGUAAUGGACAGCAUGGGCGUGGAGGACAGCGUGGGCGUGGCGGACGUCGCAGCGGACGUGGGUUCGAAGGUCUUUAUGACGGUCCUGACUUCCGAGCCGCCGGGUACAAUGACAGCGUCGCCUGCAGCGUAAACGAGAGUGCAGUGGGUAUCCAGUGCUUCCUCAUGCCAACUGUGCAUGGCUUCCACGGCGCGACCAAGCAGCGGUACUCGGACUUUGUCGUGCGUGAAGUGGCGCUGGACGGCCACGUGGUGCAAUUGACGGAUAUCAAGCGCUUUGCGCGCAGGGACAAGCCGCUGAAAGUCAGUGAAGUGUUCAAGCACAAGGUCUUUGCUUUGCUGAACGAUGCAACACAUGGCACGAUAGAUAUGCCUGCGUCCGUGCAUGGGCUAGUGGGGAAGUUGGCGGGUCGACUGCUGGGUGUGCUCAAUGCAAACAAGCGAGAAAGAGCGUUGAAGCUCGGGAAGGAGAACGUGCAGAGGUUACAGGAAGCUGUGGCUCAAGUGUGUGGGGAUGACACUGCUGCAAGAUUGAGGGAGUUUAUGCUCAAGGUGGUCGACGCACAGGUGAAGGAGGAAGAGACGAAGCGGUUGACAAAGAGUACGAAAGCUGAAGCGACAGCUGAGGUGGAGACGGACGUGGUGAGUGUUGCUGCCAAGCAGGAGACCGACUCGAUGUUCUUUUUCCCGUUGAUUGAAGCAAAGAAGACGCGAGCUGCGAUGCAUGAUGCGGUGCGCAAGUUCGGCAAUGGCAUUGUCGUGUCCGACACGACAGUUAAUAGUGAUGGCGUGUCGGUGAUUCGACUGCGGCAAGUGAUGGUAGGCGGAAAGAAGCGGAAGGAUAUGGACCGGCGCGAAAGUUCCAGUGCACGUGAGUCAUGGCCAAAAGACCGUCCUGAGUACUUGCAGUUUGUCCUGUACAAGCGCAAUCUCGAGACGAAUAGCGUCAUGAUGCAGCUAGCAAAAGCCAUGAACACGAACGUAUCGAGCUUCACGUACGCAGGGACAAAGGACAAGCGUGGCAUUACGACGCAGCUUUGCACGGUCUACCGUGGAUCAAAAGAGCGACUAGAGUCGCUGAACCGUGCCGGUCGCGAACUGGAUUCGUUCAACUUCCUUGUAGGCAACGCGACGUACGUCCAGCAUCGAUUGAACCUCGGCGACCUACGUGGCAAUCGGUUCUCUUUGGUCAUUCGCGACCUCCCCGAUGAUGACACGAUUUCAGACGAACAGAUCCAUGAAGCAGUUCGCAGCUGGAGCGAGCACGGCUUUAUCAACUACUUUGGACUGCAGCGAUUUGGCACCAAAGCUAUCGCCACACAUGAGAUUGGACGAGCGAUCUUGCAGCGCGACCAUAAACGCGUGGUCGACUUGCUGCUCCAUCCACAAGAGGGCGAUGCGACCAUGAUUCGCAAGGCACGUCAGGCCUUCCGGGACAACCAGAAUGUCGAAACUGCGCUUAAGACGCUUCCUCCGUAUUUGAUCGCUGAACGUGCAGUGCUGCAUGGACUCCGUGUGCAUGGUUUGACAGCUUAUGCUACUGCCAUCCAGAGUAUUCCUCGUCACCUUCGCAUGAUGUACACACACGCAUACCAGAGCUAUGUGUGGAACUCUCUGGCAAGCGAGCGCUUGACCCGAUAUUCCAGCACUUCGCCAGUGAUAGGAGACCUCGUGAUUCUUCAUGAUACCAUGACGGAAGAAAACGUUGAUGCCAGCGAGGCGGAAGGUGGUGACGGUGCCGAUGGAGAUAAUGCAGGAGAAGCUGCGCCAGUGCACAAGAAGCCCCGAACUCUGGCUGAAGCUUCGCGUCCAGAGACGAAUGUUUCUGUCGUCACAGCUGAAACAUUGAGCCAAUACACCAUUUAUGACGUGGUGCUCCCGCUACCUGGCUACAGCAUCGCGUAUCCGGAGAAUGCACUCAAGCUGCGAUACGACGAGAUCUUGAAAGCCGACGGCGUGGACUUUUGCACUCUGGAAAAUGCAACAAACUCCGAGUACCAUCUUCCAGGGUCAUACCGGCAUGUGGUAAAGAAACCUGUGGACGUGCAGCAUGAGCUGAAAAGAUUCAAUGACCCUAUAGUGCCGCUCCUUGAAACGGAUGUUGACCGCUUCGCUGGCCGCUCCGUUCAAGCCUCCAUUCCCAAUGGCAAGUUCCGAGCGCUGUGCCUGGAAUUCCAGCUUGGUCCGUCUUCGUAUGCGACCAUGGCAGUUCGUGAACUGCUAAAGCAGAGUAGCAACCUGGAUGUGCAGCUUCAGCUGAAGAAGAAGCUUGAUGCUCAAGAUACUCAGGCGAGUGAACUAGUUGAUGCUGCGGAUGCUACAACAUGCCAGGGGUCGCGAAGUACUUCAAAUUAA